CUGCGCGUGGGGGGGCUGGAGCUCCCGCCGCCGGCCGCCGCGGGGCCGGCGCUGCCCACGCCCGAGCAGGACCACGGCUACCACAGCCUGGAGGAGGAGCACGGGCUGCCGCGCACGCACGCGGGGGCCGAGCGCGCCGCCCGGCCGGCCUGCGGCAACCGGCUCAUCGACUACAUCCUGGGGGGCGGCCCGGCGGAGAGCGGCUCGGACGGGGAGGACGCCGCGGACGACGGCUUCGACAGCGGCAGCUCGCUCGCCGAGUCGGACCCCGAGCCGGACGCCGAGGGCCUGAGCCGCUGCGCCCCCCGGCCCCCGGGAGGCGCCCCCGACGCCGAGGGGGGCCCGGCCGCGGGCGGUGCGGAGGCCGCGGCGCGGGCGGGCGCCGACGAGGCGGAGAGCCUGCGGCUCUGGAACGCCUUCUGUCGCUCCGACGACCCCUACGACCUCUUCAAUUUCAAGGCCCCUUUUCGGACCGGGAGAAGCCGGAGAGGCCGUCGCGACUCCGCGGGGCCGCCCGAGCCCGGCGCGCCCUCGUGCGGGGCGGCGCGGGGGCCGGGCCGCGCGCGCGGCCGGAGGAAGAAGGUAACCUUCUUCGAAGAAGUCACUGAGUACUAUAUAAGGGGUGAUGAGGAUCGCAAAGGACCAUGGGAGGAAUUUGCACGAGAUGGAUGCAGGUUCCAGAAACGAAUUCAAGAAACAGAAGAUGCUAUUGGAUAUUGCUUGACAUUUGAGCACAGGGAAAGAAUGUUUAAUAGACUCCAGGGCACAUGUUUCAAAGGACUUGAUAUUUUCGAGCAAUGUUAAGACGAUUGAACAGCCUCUGGCCCUAGCAUACACUACCUCUUACUUGAGAGGUUUCAUUUAAAAACAAAAAUUGGCAGCUGUCCUUUGACUUUUUUUAGAGGAUGUGCACCUUGGAUCCAGUGACCUAGUUUAAUAUUUUUUGCACUGUGUCCUGCUCAGAAACAUCCAGGUUUGUGUCCAGCCCUGAUGAUGAAGGAUGGGAUGCUGUGAUCUCUAAUCGUCCCGUGUUUGAUGUAGUUGAUGUGUUUGUGAAGGCCAUUUACUUGCUCGGGUGAAAAGGGGACCUUUUAAAGUGUAAUUUUGCUCUUUCAAAACUUGUUUUUAUGGGAAACAAUAUUUAUAGGGCUCAAAGCCCAUUUUCCAUUCUAAUUUAAAUUGUUUACCUGUAUAAAAAGUUUGGGCUCUUCUCCCACCCCAACAUUCUGAAAUUAAUGGGCUUUUAUGUUUUCUCUGUUUUCAGUGAUGUGGCCCUUCUGCUUUAAGGCUCAGAAAAUAAUUUUAUAUAUGCUACCAACUUAAAGAACAUUAUCUUGUGUCACUCUUUUUUCCUUCUAAAAUGACUUUGGUUGAAAUUGUGUGGUGGGUUUUUAUUUCUAGGUUAAGUUCUGCCGAAGAGGUUUCCAAGGACUGCCACCAGAGCUCCCUGUGCAGCACUCGCUGCUACUUUGGGAAAGCUGCGUCUUUCUGCAUAUUCUAACAGCUAAUAUAGUUCACUUCUGUGCAAACUGUCUUUGGGAGAGGGUUCUUUAUAUGUUGUUGUAGUUCUCAGUUGAAUUGGUUCUUUGUAUCUUUCAGCAAGUAGAAAUUGUUGUAAAAGACUCCAGAAAGUAAUAAUAGCAUCAUAGGCAUUUAUAUUUUUUUUGAGGAAGAUUAGCCCUGAGCUAACAUCUGCUGCCAAUCCUCCUCUUUUUGCUGAGGAAGACUGGCCCUGAGCCAACAUCUGUGCCCAUCUUCCUCUACUUAUAUGUGG